CCUUAUUUCAUAAAGAACCAAGAAAAAACAUUAGAAAAAUAUAACAAAUUGAACAAAUUGAGAUGGGAUUUUUGAUGCAUUCACAGCUUCUCACUUGGGAAAACCAUGUGGGCUAAGAAGUUGAACGUGGGAAUAAUUGAAUGAGGUCUGAAGUCUUCAGUUUUUUGCAGAGAUAAUUCAAUUUUAUAUUAGCAGUUCUUAUUUUUUUCUUCCCCCCUUAGUUGCAGUGAUCACAUGUGAGGUAGUUGUAUCCAAUAAACAGUGCACCUAUUUAAGUUGCAAUUACUUUUCUUGGUUAUGUCAGUAUUGCAGAAAAGUUUAUCAUAGUUCCAAUUCCUCAAUUUUCUUCCACUAAGAAAAUGACCAACAAUGGCAUUCUAACACUGGGAUUCAUAAUUGGUUUGUGCACCCUUUUCUUAAGUGCAAAUGGGUUUUCAGCAGAUUCUGGAUGGUCAAGUGCUCAUGCAACAUUUUAUGGUGGAGCUGAUGCUUCUGGCACAAUGGGGGGUGCUUGUGGAUAUGGAAAUUUGUAUUCAACAGGGUAUGGAACAAGGACAGCAGCAUUGAGCACUGCAUUGUUCAAUGAUGGAGGAUCCUGUGGCCAAUGCUACAAGAUCAUCUGUGAUUAUAAGGCAGACCCCGCAUGGUGCAAGAAGGGAGUAUCUGUUACAAUUACAGCUACAAAUUUUUGCCCACCAAAUUACAAUCUUCCUAGUAACAAUGGAGGCUGGUGUAACCCUCCUCGUCCCCAUUUUGACAUGGCUCAACCUGCUUGGGAAAAGAUUGGUAUUUACAAAGGAGGCAUUGUUCCUGUGCUCUACAAAAGAGUUCCUUGCAAGAAGAAACAUGGAGUUAGAUUCACAAUCAAUGGAAGGGACUAUUUUGAACUAGUCUUGGUAAGCAAUGUAGCAGGGGCAGGAUCUGUUAAAUCUGUUCAAAUCAAAGGCUCAAACACAAACUGGUUGACCAUGUCUAGGAAUUGGGGAUCAAGUUGGCAAUCCAAUGCAUAUCUUGAUGGACAAUCCAUAUCUUUUAAGGUCACUACCACUGAUGGUGUCGCAAAAACAUUCUUAAAUGUUGUUCCAGCUGGUUGGAAAUUUGGACAGACAUUCUCAAGCCACACUCAGUUCUGAUAUACAGAAAAUGGUCAAAGAAUAUGAUUUUAGAGUUCUUGGGUUCUUAGGCAGCGGCGUGCUUACUUUUUACAGAAAGCAGCCCGCCCAUGCCCAUUUUUCUUUUGCUUUUAUUCAGAUAUAUAUACUAUUGGAGAAAGAGAAUCUCAAGGAGGAAUUGAAGAUUAAUUCUGUAGUGGCUUGACUAUUGAGGAGUUGGUGGUCUGGUACAAAUAAAGCUGGUGAAAAACAGAACAAUUAGUACGUACGUAUUGGUUUAAGUUGGGCAGUUCAAAAUAUUGCAUUUUACGAUAUGAAAGGAUGAAUAAGACAGUUGUAUAAUUAUACUUUUGAUUUCCCCUUUCUUGUACUCUUGUAAUAUGACCAUUUUCUUGUACCAAAUAUUCCUGUUUAUCAUUUUCACUACAAAUAUUUCUGUCUUGUAGCAAACAAGAGUUGGUGAAUACAGUGAAGCGUGUAUUUUUUUUUUU